AUGUCCGUCCAGGGCGCGGUGCCGAUCCGCCCCAGUCCGCAGAAGCUGGGCGCCGCCUGCCUGCGGCGCGCCGGCUUGCCGGCCUACGUGCCGGCGCCGCAGCCGACCAACGUGCUGCGCCGCAACGCGCGCGAGCGCAACCGCGUCAAGCAGGUCAACCACGGCUUCGCGGCGCUGCGUAACCACAUCCCGGGUGCGGCCAAGAACAAGAAGCUCAGCAAGGUGGACACGCUGCGGCGCGCCAUGGAGUACAUCCAGAGCCUGCAGGAGCAGCUGGAGGAGCACGGCGACGGCUGUCGGACGCCGCAAGAGGUGGAGCAGAGCCCGGCCGCCUACCCGAGCACGCCGGCGGCAGCGGAGGGCUCAGGAGCUUACCUCAGCCCGCACGGCGACCAACACUUCGCCGGCUACCUGUCGCCCGGCGAGGAGCAGCCGUCGGGGUACCUGACGCCGCGCGAGGAGUACCACUCCGGCUACCUGACGCCGCAGAGCUCGCCGCAGCCGUGCAUGCCGUCGCCGCUGACACUGACGCCGUCCAGCCUGGCCAGCGUGGACAGCAGCUUCUCGGAGGGCCGGCCGUUCCCGUCGCCGUGGCCGGCCGGCGAGCCGGCGCUGCCGACGCGGCCCUGCCCCGACACGCCGUCCCCGACGUCCUCGUACGGGGGCGACCCGGCGCUGCGGCCGUCUGCGCACUACUGCUACGGCGAGGGCGCGCCGGCGUACCAGGACCCGGCCGACGACUUCAGCCCCGAGGACGAGGAGCUGUUGGACGCCAUCGCCUGGUGGCAGACGAGCCAGUGAGGGCGCCCGCCAGCGCCGCGGAGAGGAACCUAGUCACCGACGGCGCCGUUUCAGCCACACCGGCCCACUGCCCCGGCCACGGCCAGCAAGAUCUCAGCCGCCCGUCAACGGAGCGUCGCAAACCAUCAGAACGUCACUCGCCAUCAUUCGACGUGACCCGCCAUCGCUUGACGUCACCCGCCAUCGUGUGACGUCACUCGUCACCUUCUGACGUCACACGCUACCACUGACGCCGGCAGCGGUCAGACGCCACUCGUCAUCAGCACGUCACCGGCCGCCAACACGCGUCACCCGCCAUCAGCUGAUGCCGCCAUCAAGCACCCGCCGGCUGCCGACGCCACGGGUCGAGCGCGUCACCAGGUGAACUGGAGCGAGACGUCGGGUGCUCCGAGACGACUGGCCCGGGAGCUGACCCGACCUGACCUGACCUGACCUGAGCCGAUCUCGGAGGUCCGGCAACCGACGGGAUGCGCUCCGUUCGGCCGCAAGAAGUUUAUCUAAAACUGCCGAGGUCACCUGUCUUGCUUGUGGUUGCAGUGGCAUUUACAUUCGCUUAUUAGAAUUAAGUGGUUCAUAUUGUUAACGUUUGUUCGACGCUUCAGUGGAUGGAGCUGACGCAUUUACGGGAUCUCCCUAUUUGUAGCUACUGUGUUCGCAAUUGAUGUCUGGUGCAACCAGUGUAUAUUUGUUAAUCUGACCUUUGGUCGAUGAUGACAGGUGAACAAUGCCUGCGUUUUUUGCUGUAUGACUGCGCAUGUGCGUCAUCAGGUUCAUGUUAGAGGCUUCCCUGAGUUGUGGGCGCAUGGUCAUAACAUUCGCCCCUCGUUAAGAAUACAUGUAGCAAUCUCA